GCGGGGCGGUGGCGGCGGCGGUGAUGGCGGAGCUGCGCGCGGCGGCCGCGGGCCCCGGCCCGGCGGUGGCGGCGGCGGCCACGGCGCUGCCCGGGCCCAUGGCGCUGCCCGCGGCCCCGGGGGCGGCCCCCGCUCUGCCCUCCCCGGCGGCGGGCGGCGGGGCGGGCCCGGGGGCGGUGGCAGCGGCGGGGGGCGGCGGCGGUUCCGGGGCGGGCGGUACCGGGUCCGGUUCGGCGCGCGAGGGCUGGCUCUUCAAAUGGACCAACUACAUCAAGGGCUACCAGCGCCGCUGGUUCGUGCUCAGCAACGGCCUCCUCAGCUACUACCGCUCCAAGGCGGAGAUGCGGCACACCUGCCGCGGCACCAUCAACCUGGCCACGGCCAACAUCACGGUGGAGGACUCCUGCAACUUCAUCAUCUCCAACGGGGGGGCCCAGACCUACCACCUGAAGGCCAGCUCGGAGGUGGAGCGGCAGCGCUGGGUCACCGCCCUGGAGCUGGCCAAGGCCAAAGCCGUCAAGAUGCUGGAGGAGUCAGAUGACUCCGGCGACGAGUCGGUGUCACAGACGGACAAGACGGAGCUGCAGAACACGUUACGCACCCUGUCCAGCAAAGUGGAGGAUCUGAGCACCUGCAACGACCUGAUCGCCAAGCACGGCACGGCCCUGCAGCGCUCGCUCAGCGAGCUGGAGACCCUGCGCCUCCCGGCCGAGAGCACCGAGAAGAUCAAACAGGUCAACGAACGAGCCACCCUCUUCCGCAUCACCUCCAACGCCAUGAUCAACGCUUGUCGGGAUUUUUUGCUGCUGGCCCAGACGCACAGCAAGAAGUGGCAAAAAUCGCUCCAGCACGAGCGGGAUCAGCGGAUCUGGCUGGAGGAGACGCUGGAGCAACUUGCCAAGCAGCACAACCACCUGGAGAGGGCUUUCCGUGGCGCCACCGUCCUGCCCGCCACCGCGCCCGGCACCGCCGGCUCUGCCAAAGAUCCGUGCUGCGCCGCAAAAGGAGACCUGAGCGACGAGGACGAUGACAAUGAGUUCUUCGACGCCCCAGAGAUCAUCCCCAUGCCGGAGAGCAUGGGCCACAAACGCACCGGCAGCAACAUCAGCGGCACCAGCAGCGACAUCAGCCUGGACGAGCAGUACAAGCACCAGGUAGAAGACACUAAGAAGGAGAAGAGGACCCGCAUCCCCUACAAACCCAACUACAGCCUCAACCUCUGGAGCAUCAUGAAAAACUGCAUUGGGAAGGAGUUGUCCAAAAUCCCGAUGCCGGUGAACUUCAACGAGCCCCUGUCCAUGCUGCAGCGUCUGACCGAGGACCUGGAGUACCACGAGCUGCUGGACCGAGCGGCCAAAUGCGAGAGCUCUCUGGAGCAGCUGUGUUAUGUGGCGGCUUUCACCGUUUCCUCCUAUUCCACCACGGUUUUUCGCAUCAGCAAACCCUUCAACCCCCUUCUGGGGGAGACUUUUGAGCUGGAUCGGCUGGAGGAGAACGGUUAUCGCUCCCUGUGCGAGCAGGUGAGCCACCACCCUCCGGCCGCCGCUCAUCACGCCGAUUCCAAAAACGGUUGGACGCUUCGUCAGGAAAUUAAAAUCACCAGCAAAUUUCGGGGCAAAUAUCUCUCCAUCAUGCCUCUGGGUACCAUCCACUGCGUCUUCCACUCUUCGGGCAACCACUACACGUGGAAAAAAGUCACCACCACCGUGCACAACAUCAUCGUGGGGAAGCUCUGGAUAGACCAGUCGGGGGAAAUCGAGAUCAUCAACCACAAGACGGGUGACAAGUGCAACCUCAAGUUUGUCCCUUACAGCUACUUCUCGCGGGACGUGGCGAGGAAGGUCACCGGGGAGGUGACAGACCCCACGGGGAAGGUACAUUUUGUCCUCAUGGGUACGUGGGAUGAGAAGAUGGAGUGUUACAAGGUACCGACGGGCGCUGGGGACAGCGCACUGGAGGGACGGCAGAGACCCCACGACGCCGAGGACACCCGGGUGCUGCUGUGGAAGAGAAACCCCCUCCCGAAGUACGCGGAGAACAUGUACUAUUUUUCGGAGCUGGCGCUGACGCUGAACGCCCCCGAGAGCGGGACGGCCCCCACCGACAGCCGCCACCGCCCCGACCAGCGCCUGAUGGAGAACGGCCGCUGGGACGAGGCCAACGCCGAGAAACAGCGGCUGGAGGAGAAACAGCGGCUCUCCCGCAAGAAGCGCGAGGCCGAAGCCGCCCGCGCCACCGAGGACGGGACACCCUACGACCCCUACAAGCCGCUGUGGUUCGAGCGCAGGAAGGACCCGGUGACGCAGGAGCUGGCGCACGUCUACAAGGGGGGGUACUGGGAGAGCAAGGACAAGCAGGACUGGAGCUUGUGUCCGGACAUUUUUUGAGCUGGGGGGGGGACACACAAAAAAGUCAGGUGGAUGCUGGGGGGGGGCUCAUCGCGGCCCCCCCGCUCUGUCCGUCUGUCCGUGGCCGCGAGCGCCUGCCGGGGUUGCCUUAGCCCAUCCAAACUGACCUUGAUGCCGUGGUGGAACAGCCCCCCUGCUCCCCGGCCUGAUUUUUAAGGGGGGGGGGGGGAGUGUCUCUCUCCCUGGGCAGCCCCCGAGGAUGGGGGGCACGGCCCCCCCGGGCGGUGGGUGCAGCGGGGUGAGCCCGAGGCUGGCCUUGGUCUCUGCCCCCCCCCUUUUCUUUUCAUGUCCCCUUUGCCCACCCCCCUCAGGCCUUGGGGUGCUGGGGGGGGGUCAGACUCCGCCCCACAGCCUGUUCUAUAGGUGUAUAUUAUAUAUAUGUAGAGAGCAACCAGGGUCCCCUUUUCCUGCAGCACUCCAGGGAGGGGGUACCCAGCCCCCCACACACACUUUGGGGGUGCCCCCCCCCCCCCCAGGUGCCUUCCCCAGAGGUUGUGUAGGGCAGGGGGAGGUCCUGGGUUUUUUUGGGGGGGGUCUCUCCCAUCCAUCUCCGGGGAGCAGCGGGCCCCUGCACCCCAAACACUACAGGGGCUGGGAGGGGGGGAAGGCUGGGGGGGUCUCUCUGCACCCCCAAACUUGAAAAGUGGGGGGGGGAUAUGAUGCCUUUUUUUGUUUUGUUUUUAUUUUUUUUUUUCUUUUUAUUUGUUUUUUUCCCCCUCCCUCCAGGAAAACAACUAAAUUAAAAUCUGUGAAUGCCCCAG